CAGGAUUUGUUGAUUUGGUGGUCAAAAGUGCGGAUGGGCGCUCCAUCCGGCAUUUCUGUGCAGGAAGAAUCAGAAAGGGUUCGAAAAUGCCUGCCAGUUCCUAGGUGACGAAACCUCAACUGCACCAGAGUUGGCAAUUUUUGUCGACGUGUCGGGACUCGAGCAUGGGAGGUUUCCUCUUUCACAAAUUUCAAAUAACCUUUUCUCUUGGAAUUGUCGGCUCAUAAUCCGCUCGCUCUGUUCUCAUCGCGCGUGCUCGUCAUGACGUCAGGUUGCACAUGUGCGCCGCUCUUCUAUUGGCUGACAAACGAAGGAAAGGACGGAUCUCCGACGUUACGAACGGCACAACAUCUUCAUGAAAAGUCUUGGAGAUAUGGAGGAGGUCGAGUCUCGACUCUCGAGAUCUUGUCUGACGCAUGCUGGCCAUUGACCGGUCACCUCUGCGUCGGAACUUUUCCGCGGAGCAUGCACAUGAGUAGGACACGUAGACUGGCUCUCGCAUCCCUUACCCAGUCCCGUAGGUACAAUAGGGGUUCUGGAUGUGAGAGUGUCGUGGUAAAAGCCACCCCGACCCUAAUCGAUUAACUUCAUCCACCGCAGCGUACGCAGUCAAUAUCAUGGACUGGUCGCUCUCGUGAGAGUUUUAGAGAGAGAAAGAACCUCCUCAUCCGCGCCAGAAGAUUCGUGCACGUCAGUCCCAGCAGAUGUCCCUUUGCUGGAGCUUGAGCACUUUUGCUAAACUUUAAUUGUAAGGUCAAGUUCAGCUUUACAGAAAUUUUGAGAAGGGGAUGCAGACCAAGGUGUACAAAUGUACAUGCAAGGCUGUCUCUCGGUGCUGCAGCAGGAAGUUUGUGCCCGGAGGUUGAAGCAGUUCAUCAGACUCUUCGAUAUCUUUAGAAAGUACCGAUAUCGUUACACGUGAUUUCUUCCAACUCAAUCGCAGGACGUCGUUUAGAUUGGAAUUGCCGACAGCUGAACUACUGCCUUUCGCUAUGACAGCGACUUCAGUGACUGGACUGCUGUUUCUAGGGUUUUGAGAGUUUGGAGCCCCGAAGGCAAAAUCCUUGCCUAUGUCUCACAUGAAAUUGUUAAGGAUUGAGGGAGAAGUACGUUCUUUCACUUGAGGUUUGUCCUUCGAAAAAAACUUCGUGGUAGAUGUGGCUCAAAUGACGAAAGAUUGGAGCCCCAAAUUCAUUCUCCCUGAAAAUUUCUCUCCCUAUAAGUUUCUGCCUCGCUUUCGCGGAAUGUGCUUCAUUGUCUUCGUUCCUUUGGAGAGAUACAUUCUUGGCAUUUGAUCUCACUUGGUUGAUUGCUUGCAUUUUCUUAAUGAUGAUGCGAUUUCUUCGUAUUUGCAUGGUUUCUGAAGUUUUUAGCAAAGAUGUGAUUUGUCAGUGUCGUAUGAAGAGUGAGGAGAUGUACCUGUCGACUGCUGGGUUUUCUUAAUUUUAAUCUCCACUUGCACUGGUUUGGUCGGGCUUUCUUCUAUUGGAUUCCAAACGCUGGUUUCACUGGCCGGACCGAGAGAUGCUCGACACGAUGGCAACUGAAGAACUUGAAUUGAGGAACUCCGUUGGCAGCUCAGCUUCAACAGUUUCCUCCAUCUUAAUGCCGAACGAUGAAGGCAACAGAUGUGUGGCACUGCUCCUGCCCUUCGAAGUUAUAAGAAGAGUAUUCUCGCAGCUGGACUACCGUGACCUGAUUAAUUGCUCUCUUGCUUGCAAGCAGUGGCAUGCAGAUUCAGAAAAUCUUAGGGAAGGAUGGAAAGAAGAGUAUUGGGAAGCUUGCUCUGUGCGUGGUUUGAUUCAGUGGGAUUCUAAUCCUCCUCGAGCUCGUUACGAUGCCUAUCUCGCUUGCAGCCCAGAUUAAGGUCAUGCAAUGAAGUUGUUGUGAGCUUGAAAAACACUUUGGUGCUGUGGAAGCACUCCGCUUCAUAGAGGCUUCAUAGAGGACUACGAAAUAUCUCAAUUCGAAGAACAAUUCUAAAGGUCCUGUCCACUUUCUAAGUUCUGAAAGGGAUUAGCUGGAAAUCAAUUUAUGUAACCACUGAGGUUGGUACCUCAUUUGAAGAUCAAUGGUUUUUGUACUCCUACCGA